AUGGUAGAUACUUUGAAUCAAUCUACUAUUCAUAUAAUGUCACUGUCUAAAGAAGAGAUGUCCAAUUCACUAGAACAUGAUAUGAAAUUACAACCAAUGGGUCGAAUUUUCUUAAAAUCGAUAUGGGACAAAAUUGUAAAACGAGUAACAAGUGGAGUGUUCUACUUUGACUUAUAUUUAUUGUUAUAUAACUGGUUAAGAAGUUGCAUUCUAGAUACGGAUAAUCUUCGUGAAGUAUUCUAUCCAAGUGAAUAUGAUGAUGCAUAA